CUUAGCCAAGGGCACCUGGAGAUCGAUCAUGAAUCUUUUCCCCUAGCGUAAAUUAAUGAAAGUGAAGAAAAGUGAAAACUUUUAAGUAAAUUCAUGAAAAGUAGAAAAUUUUACUUAAACUCGUGAAAAAUGAAAAUUUUAUGUGAAAUGCUGAGUCGUUCGAAAUGGCAGCUGCAUGGUAUGUUAUUUUUAACGAAGAAAACAGAAACGGAAGAAAUAAUUUUCGUAUUGUACGAAAAUUUUUACGCGAUACUCAAAAUCCUUUCGACAUUCCGGAAAGAAGAUUUCAAGAAAUAUACAGAUUAUCUCGAGAGGCGGUAAUGCAACUAUGUAUGGAGUUGCAUCCGUAUAUGCCACAAAGUAUUAAAUCAACAGCAAUUCUCUCUGAGUUGAAGGUCAGUGAUUUAAAUGGAAAAAUACUUGCUGUAAACAGUGGUCAUGGAGGAAGGACUCACGAUGCACGCGUUUGGAUUGCUUCCCAUAUUUCGAUACAUUUAGAACAGCAGUUUCAAAAUGGACGAAUAAAUACUUGGUUAUUAGGAGAUUCCGGAUAUCCCCUACUACGCUACUUGAUGACAUCAAAAUUAAGGCAAUCAGAAGGAUCACCUUCUGCUCGUUAUACUAAUGCUCACGUAAGAGCUCGAUCAUGUGUAGAACGAGCCAUUGGAAUGUUGAAGGGAAGAUGGAAAUGCCUGAGGAAGGAAAGAGCUUUGCAUUACUCGCCAGAAUUCUCUGUUCAAAAUAUUGAAAAACAUUACAAUGUCUCGCAACUGGAAAUAUAUUUUGAUGAAUUAGAUGAAAAACAUUACAAUGUCUCGCAACCGGAAAUAUAUUUUGAUGAAUUAGAUGAAAGGGAAAGAAAUCUUGAAAUAUACAAUGUAGAAGAAAAUUUAAAUGACAAUGAAAUUCGAGAACGAAUUAUACAACAAGAUUUUAAUUGA